AUGGAAAGGGUUCAGACUCACUUCUGCGUGAAGGUAAAUGCCGCUGAGGCUCAUGUUGUUGCAUUGGCCAACUGGAACGGUUUUGUGUUGGAUAAUUGCGGUGUCAAUCCACUUGAAGCUGUGCAAUCCCAGAAUGUCUCCUUACAGACUUGGCUUGUGCCUGGAGAGAUUGUUUUGAAUGGGAGGUCUGCUGACUUGCCCGACCCAGUGAAAGUGCACCACCAACAAUCUGGUGCUGAUGUCUCCAAUGAUCAGCCAGGCAGCAAAGCUGAACAGUGUAAUCUCCUUUGCACACCACUGAAAAGUUGGUUGGGGUUUACCUCGAAGCCAGAAAGCUGUUCGAAGCCUGAACCAGCAGCUCGAAAAAAUCCAGGCCAGAGGUCUCAGCAGUUUAAAAAUGAAAUCUCCAAACGAUUCAAAGCUAAACAGGAGCAGUUGGUUCUCAUAUUUGCAGGGAAGAUACUGAAGGAUGGAGAUACACUCAACCAGCAUGGCAUUAAAGACGGACUAACUGUGCAUCUUGUAAUAAAGACAGCUCAGAGGCUUCAGGAUCCCAGCACACAACCCUCUACGUCAUCCAGUGCCCCCAGCACCGAGGAGACCAGCACGAGACCGGAACCCCCCACAGGCACUGUCACCAGCACGAGCAGUGUGCCUAGCACUGCAACCCCAACAGGAACGUCUACCUCCUCCCCGUCUGUAUUAUCUGGUUUCGGUGGUAUCCCGGGCCUCGGGAGCCUGGGUAUGGGCUCGGCAAAUUUCAUGGAGCUGCAGCAGCAGAUGCAGCGGCAGCUCAUGUCGAACCCAGACAUGCUAGCACAGAUCAUGGAGAACCCUUUUGUACAGAACAUGAUGUCGAACCCCGACCUGAUGAGGCAGAUGAUCAUGGCCAACCCGCAGAUGCAGCAGCUGAUGGAGAGGAACCCAGAGAUCAGCCACAUGUUGAACAACCCCGAGCUUAUGAGACAGACGAUGGAGCUAGCCCGCAACCCAGCCAUGAUGCAGGAGAUGAUGAGGAAUCAGGAUCGGGCGCUCAGCAACCUCGAGAGCAUCCCCGGUGGCUACAACGCCCUGCGACGCAUGUACACUGACAUUCAGGAGCCCAUGUUCAGUGCAGCCAGAGAACAGUUUGGCGGUAAUCCGUUCACUGCAUUGGGAGGAGGCUCCGACAGCAACGCCCAACCGUCCCGAACUGAGAACAGGGAGCCCUUACCGAAUCCCUGGGUCCCAACGUCACCAGCCUCCCCGGCUCCCGGCUCAGGUAGUGAGGGAGGGAACAGCACAAACCAGACGACACAGCCUGUAUCGAACCCCUUUGGUAUUAACGCUGGAACCCUUGGGAACGGAAUGUUCAACAGCCCGGGGAUGCAGAGCCUAAUGCAACAGAUCUCGGAGAACCCGCAGCUAAUACAGAACAUGCUGUCGGCACCGUACAUGAGGAGCAUGAUGCAGUCCCUGUCCCAGAAUCCUGACCUCGCCUCACAGAUCUUGAUGAAUAACCCCUUGUUUGCUGGCAACACACAGCUGCAGGAUCAGCUCCGUCUCCAGAUGCCUGUAUUCUUGCAGCAGAUGCAGAAUCCUGAUGUGUUGUCGGUGAUGACCAACCCCAGGGCCAUGCAGGCUUUGCUCCAGAUCCAACAGGGACUGCAGACGCUGCAGAACGAAGCACCAGGACUCCUGCCAGGGUUCAGUCCUGCUGCUCCUGGUUCCGUCGGCGGAGUCGGUGGACUUGGAAGUCUUGGCAGUGGCUCGACGCCCACGACGACGGCGGCAUCGUCAGCGGCACCCACCACGCAGAGCACCAACAUCAACACCAGUCCUGAGAGCCCGGCAUCUGUGGGCCCUGGGAUUGGGGCCAGCAACCCACAGCAGCAGUUGAUGCAGCAGAUGUUGCAGAUGUUAGCAGGGGCUAACACUCAAGUACAAAACCCUGAAGUGCGAUUUCAGCAGCAACUGGAGCAACUCAGCGCGAUGGGUUUCAUUAACCGUGAGGCCAACCUUCAGGCACUCAUAGCCACCGGAGGUGACAUAAACGCUGCUAUCGAGAGACUUCUGGGCUCGCAGCCCUCUUAAACACGGGAGGAAGAGCCCCCCGCCUCUGGCGUUCCCACCAUUUUAUUUUAUUCUGCAGCGGGAGAGCAGGCUCCUCAGGAGGAUAGUAAACUGACAUUUUCAGUCAGUGAUACAAAACACGCACGGGGGGAAAAAAAAACAAACAGCUCGUUCGAAACUCAUCUUCACCCCUUUACAGUACGUAUCGUCCAGUGCUUUAAUUGAAAACAACACUGUUUGUCCUGUUGACUUGUAAAAAAAAAAGGAAAAGACAUGCACACACACAGACAUACACACACUGACGCUGUACAGCAUUUGUUGGCCUGGUUUUCGCCCCCCCCGCCCGUCUCCCACUUUGCUUCUGUGUUCUGUAUUUGCUAUCAGAGCCUGGAUCCAGUGGUUUAAAAAAAUCAAAAUGUGAACAUAGCAUAAAAAAAAAUUGCUAAUGG